ACGAUGUUGGCUGCAACCUGCGAAGAGUUUCCAAUUGGGGCGUUCGCAGACGCGUUCAUUAAGCAGUCCCUUAUCAUAGCUUAAUAACUGGUAUAAAUCCAUGGCUUUGUCGAUUGUGAUACUAUCAAUCGUCAUGAGACGGCGUGGCCAGGGUUGCGCAGCGCUCAGACCGUCACAAGCAGACACAAACUAGUCAUGAGGCGCUAAGCAUAUAAUACUGUAUGUACAACUCUCAGAAUCACAGAGCGCGAAGUGCUAUCAGACUGCCAGGCCACGUUGAAUUUUGAAGUGUCCACUUGCAGUGUCACAGUUUGUUAAAGCACCUUGACCUAUGGCCAGUGAUUAUGCUCAGAUAGGCGUGCUUGCACAAGAAGCGCGGGACGUGAGCACUCUGAGGGCGUGAGCUGGUCAGUGAGCUGGUGGCAGCCGCGCUCGGAGCCGGCAAAAUGUCCCGCUUUGUUGAAGCUCCAACAUACAAGUGCACAGGGCACAUACGUUGCUGUGAGCAUGCGUCUUCACCAGCCUACACUCGCGCCUUCGAAUUGCUGAGAGUGCUGGGCGUGUCCGUUCCUUUCAAUGCCUGCUGCCUGCUCCGGCCGUCUAAGAUGUCUCUUCGCAGCCUGGAUGGCGAGCAGGAUAUGGGAGCUAUACGCUGCUGGGCCGGCUCGGCUGGCGAGCCGCUGUUCCUGCUCGUAGCGUCCAAAUGCCUGAACGCAACGGCUAACGCUGCCGCGUUUGAGAUUCACCUACCCACAGGUGCGCCUCUGUCGCUGCCGGGGUUGGCAAACUAUGGUGUCGCCUCGUAUUGCGCUGCUCUGGGACAGCUGUGCGCACAAGUGGCUGCGAACGCCGCCGCUGACGUUGCGGGCGGCUCGGGCGCCGGCUACGCAGCGGCCGACGACGUGAUAGCAGGCGACGCCGUGCGGGGCGCUGAGCCACCCUGUCAGCAGCAGCAGCAGCAGCAGCAGCAGCAGAACUCGCUAUCGCCACCCAACGACUGGCUAGAUGUCCUGCUCGACGCGGCAGACCUCAUUGAGGGCUACGAGGGAGGGGCGGCUUCGGCCUGGUCCUGGUGCAGCGGCGCCGGCGGUUGCCCCAGCGUCGCCGCCUGCAACACUGCAAAGGAGCGAGCGCAGCCGGAGCCGCGGCAGCAGCAGCAGCAGCGGCGGGGGCUGGCGGUUGCGCCUGUGCGGGUCACCGCCUACGUGGGCUUCAUGCCGCCGCCGGCCACAAGCGCUGCGAGCCUGAGCCCACUGCUGCGAGUGCAAGGCAGUGCUGCCUUUACAGCAGCAGCAGCACCUGGUGGUGCCGGCAGCAGCAGCAGCCAGCGACCGCCGUGCGCCCUCUCGGCACCCGCUGUCAGCUACGACGCCGCCGCCGCCUCCGCUGCAGCUGCAGCCAUUCCCGCAGCCGCCCGCGCCAACGCCGCCACAGCUGCAGAGGCCUUGUGGACGCGCCGUAAUCUGGAUGCGCCAGCAGGCAAUGACUGCGUCGCGCUGCUUCCUGUGGAUGCCAUCCGCUUGUCGGCACCGGCGGCGGCAGGGAUGGCGCCGCGGCAGUCCGGCGCCGCCGCCGCCAGCGCCGGCCAGCGCUGGCCCGCGCAGCACCUGCUCUACUAUGGCCACCAGCCAUUUCAUGCCCCGCAGACCUACGCACACUCGCACCAGCAGCCGUGCCAGCCGGGCUGGGCAUGGUACCAGCCCUGCCCCAAGCCUCAGUCCUGCCAUGCGGCUGUGGCGACGGCGGCAGCGCCAGCGCUGCCGUUACGUCGGCUGCCGCCGUCGCGCGUUGGGCUUGCGGCGUCGGCAGCCGCGGCUGGCUGCGCGCCUCUGGCCUCCGUCGAGGUCACGUGCGUCGGCGACCUAUUGCGCACCGCCGAGGGCGCUGCCGGCUGCAGCCCUGGUGGCGGCGGCGCCGCGGCGCCGGCACUGCGGCCGGCGGCGGCGCCGCACUGGCUCCCUGCCCACGACACGCACGGCCUGGCCGUUGGCAUUUGCGGCUCGCGGUCACACACCGGCUUCACAUCCGAAACCGCGGCGCCGUGGCAGCACGGUGCGCAAGCCCACGGCGCCGCGCCCGCCGCUGCUGCGCUGCCCGCUGGCGGCAGUGCGGUGCUGUGUGCACGGGCGCCGCUGGCGGACCUGCUGCCCUGCGGCGGCGUCGACUGGCACCACGCGCACGUGGCGGCCAGGGGCAGCGGCAUCGCCCACAACCACCCGCUGCACUACCAAAGCGACUCACUGGUGGGCGGCGCCCGCAGACCGGGGCCCACAGCGGGGCCCGCCUCCAGUCGUGGCAGCGCCGGCCCCGACAUGGCAACCGCCGCCGCUCCCGCGGAGGCUGGCGCGCCGCCGCCCCUUUCUCCGCACUGGCCGCCAGCGGCGCAGAUGCUGCUGCCGAUCCCGUUCGGCGUUAGCCAAGGUGGUGGCGGCGAGGCCAACAGCAGUGACGAUGACGGGGUGGAGCGCUACACGGGCCACGUGGUGCAAUGUGAGCGCGCCGACGUCGCAGCAGACGCGUGGGACACGGACAGCCUUGGCGGCUGCAGCUGGGAGGCGGAGCGCGGCGGCGGCGGCGGCAGCGGCGGCAGCGGCGGCAGCGGCGGCAGCGGCGGCGGGCCCAACGACUACAACGACUGCGCUCUCUUGGCGAAAUGCAUGGGCGCCCUAGCCUUUGGCACACGUAUCGGCGGCGGCAGCGGAGGUGGCGGUGGCGAUGAGGGCGGCUGUGGCUUGCCUCGGAGCGCUCCCUUCUUCCAGCCCGGCACCGGCGGGGCUGCGGACGCGUGCGGCGGCGGCGCCGCAACCGCUGUGCAGCCGCUUGCUGACGACGAUGACGCGGCAGUGGCGGCGGCGGCCGCCGCCGCUGCAGCGGCCGUCUCCCUCGACGCCGAAAGCUUCCAGGGCUUGUUUGAGGAGUGCCUGGAUGACUAUGAUGUGUAUCAGGUGCUGUGCAGGAUUGGCGGCGCCGCCGCCGCCGCCACUGCCGGCACCAACUGUGGCGCCGGCUGCGGAGCCCCUGACGGGGGCUGUCCCACCAUGCGCAUGCCUGGCCCCGGCGGCGUGGGCACGCACCCUGACCAGGGUAACGAUUUCGGCAGCAGCGCCAGCUUUGCCCAAGGUGCGGAGCGGGUAGGUACCGGCGCCCGCUGCGGGUCAUCCGAGGCGCUGAGCUUACAAGGCGGACAGCUCGCCGGCAGGAUGUGCGCCUAGCUCGGUUCUUCUUGCUAUGUGCCCGGCCUCGCUAGAGCGCGAGGUCCCGCGCAUGGCCGUGCGUACAAUAAAUUACAAUAAAGCCAUUGCAUGCGCAUGCAUAUGGCUCGGUCAUUGUUUUAUUUUUGAGUGCUUAUUGUCGCGCCAUUUCUUUUUGUGGUUGCACGUGGGCUUCUGAGAUUUGUGGUUAUGUCCAUAUGCAUGGCCAAGUACGCCCAGGCCUGGAUUCUGCAAUAAGCCUAAACUGGGACAAUCCAGAGAACCAGAGGGGCAUCAUAUGACGAUACGUUGCUGAGUGCCGGAUACACGGAGGGGAGCGCGAGAGUCGGCGCGUCGAAACCCAGCUAGGGAUGCGUACGGCAUGUUUGCAAGUGUGGAUGGGUUCAGGCAUCUUUUACAAGCAUUUGCGGAAGGAGAUAGGACAGCGUGCUACAGUGCAGCGUGUUAGUGUGCGCGCGUAGCGGUUUUGCCAACACCUGGAGGUAGCCUUACUAACACACAUGUGCAGGCAUUCAUUUACAGAUGCACCAGCAUCGUGCCAGCCAUGUACCUUAAAUGCAAUGGGCACGGCAGCGCAUGCGCGCGUACAGAGCGCAUGCGCGGUCGCACAAUUUUGAGGUGCGUUGAGGGCCACUGCCCGCAUGACAUGAAUGAGACGGCAAGGGCGGGCCCCUUCAGGCGGGCCCUCAGACUGACACACUUUGUGAGGCCGUGGUGCAGAUGGGUUCAUGAACAGAAGCUGGGUUUAGUGGUGGACGUUUGGGGGUGUUGGGCCCUCCUUUCUUAACAUUUUUGCUAAGCUGGGAAUGUUUUCGAGGGGGUCCAUUGGAGACAGGGCCUUGGCUACUGACUGGAUGCGGUUGGGCGUCAUUGGCUGGUACAUGCCAAUCCGUAUCAGUGAUCGACGUCGGUAGAUGCUGGCAAGGACAGGCAAGGUUGAUGGGUGCUGGGUAAAUACGGUAUGAGGAGCAUAAGCGCUUUGGUUGUAUGCAAGGCUGCAGCGAGGAUUCAUUUACACCCCUUCCGCGAAAAAGACGUAGGGACAAGGAACAGCAUCUUGUCCCCAACAAUUUUGCCGGAUCUCAGGCGCUCCCUCGCUGUGUCAAGUUUUCAAGGGCCUUGCUGCUGUAGGUUCAUGUUGAUGUAUCGCAUCCGGGAAUUUCUAGAUGGCUGUAACAGCGGCAUCAAGGCGGUGUACUGGAUUGGGGUGUUGGCGCUAUGUCAGAACAUGAUCACGAGAGCAUUGUCACUGCCGCUCUGGAGGAGGUGUUUCUUGCAUGGCCCAGAAGUGUGGAGUCCUUAGCCCUUGGUGCGCUGGUGAACAAGCGUGUCUCACUGGAACGGCGGGGCGGGGGUGUAUGUUGGCGUAAUGACACUCAGACGUCCGCACUCACGCGUGGCGGAUACAGCAUCGGGCCACCAGGGCCGCGAGCUCCUCCUAGCCAAGGCCCGAUGGGGCCGCGCUGCCCGAUGCUUGGAAACCCCACGCAAACGACGCAGUGUAAAGGGACUUAACAACCGAAGUCCCCCACGUCAACGGACAAAGAGUUCCCUGGUCGUGUCCCUGGUGUGCUUACGUGUUGUGUCCUUACACGUCUGCAUUCACACGUGGCAUAGAUAGAGCAUCGAGCCUCCGGGUGCGUGUACGUGUUCCCUUUGAGCAUGUGUUCUUACGGUCAUAAUGCCGGAUACCGGCAACUUCAUUGUUUUCACACUUUCGAGGGGACUUGAACAAGGAGGCUGGCAACUCUGACGCAUAUUCAUAUCGCGGUUGCUUCUAACAGGCGGCGUGCACUGGCUUGACGGCAGGCAUGCAUUUGGGCAGCGUAACUGUGAUCUUCCUGGCUUUUUCACCUGACAUUGCGGCAAUCUUGUGUGAGUGUGUGUGUGUAUGUGAGUGUGUGUGUGUGUGUGCGUGUGUGUGUGUGUGUGUGUGUGUGUGUGUGUGACUACGGUUUCCACGGUUAUUCUGCCAGAUCACGUUAAUCGUGUAUCUGGUAUAACCAACGACAGGGCUCUCAAUCGAGGGCUGCCGUGACCUGGCGUUUCCCCGGCAGGUGUGUGUGUGUGUGUGUGUGUGUGUGUGUGUGUGUGUGUGACUACGGUUUCCACGGUUAUUCUGCCAGAUCACGUGAAUCGUGUAUCUGGUAUAACCAACGACAGGGCUCUCAAUCGAGGGCUGCCGUGACCUGGCGUUUCCCCGGCAUGUGUGUGUGUGUGUGUGUGUGUGUGUGUGUGUGUGUGUGUGUGUGUGUGUGUGUGUGUGUGUGUGUGUGUGUGUGUGUGUGUGUGUGUGUGUGUGUGUGUGAAAGAGCACAAGGAAGGCGUGUGUGUGUGUGUGUGUGUGCCUAAUGUGAGGUGUGAGAUGUGGUCCGGACGCAUUUUACGGCAUAUCAUAUACUCUCGGACGGUGGUUUGAUACCGAAGAGCUUUCAAUAACGUGUUGCUGACAAUUCACUAACAAGGCAUGUUUGCGUGCUUGGGGUUCUGUUGUCGCACAUUACCAAGGCAACGGGCGGUCACGAUGCAUGGGCUGCUCACUUGUGUCAUCGUAGUCCGACACCGCUUGUCAGCAUGGAUGGCAAGGAGGCCGGAGCCUUGGCCGGAGCUGGACCAGCGAGCAGGUUGGUGGAUACUACUAAAGAGACCUGUAAAAGCCUCGCCCC